UUCCCCCGCUUCCUUCUUCCCGCAUAGCAAAAAGAGAAAGGGGCUAGAUUCGAGUAAAGGGAAGGGAAGACUUUUGUUGUCCAUAGAGAGAAUUGUCAGGGAAGCCUAUCAGAACAUUAGUACUGAUUUGUUAUAUGGCACCCACAAAGCACAAUCCUUUGCACUUAAUGCAUCAUUCUCGCGUUCCUACUUUAAGGCUUGUUCGGGAAAUUCUCAGCUUUGGGUUCAGCUAACUGUGCAAAGCGAACCUCCAGGAACGUGACGUGGCAAGAAAUGGGAAUUAACCGAGCAGCGACCUCCAAAACCAAGUCACUGGUCAGGAGAAAGCCGAGCCCCGCCUCCCCACCCCGCUGGGGAGCUGUUGUCCCCUAGAAAGUGGCUUUAGGUCAAGGCCGCCCACCAACCGCCUCCUCUGAUCUCAGAGGCUCCACGGUCUUAACUGCUUUAUUCACUCGCUUGUUAACCAGGUAGCUCAAACUUCAGGUAGUCGGUACUUGGAGGAAAACUGUAAUGCAAUGAAGCAAGACUGUCCGAUUUGAAAAGAAAGCCAGUUUAGAAAUUAAAAAGAAAACUUUCCCGGAUGGUUAAAUUCAGAGAGAUUUUAGGAAACCGGCAUGCUGAGGAAGAUGCAGCUCCCUGUUUUUGUAGUGGAUGCUUUUACAGUGGAGUCAUUCCGGGGGAACCCUGCUGCAGUUUGUCUCCUAGAAAAUGAACUGGAUGAAGAAACGCAUCAAAAAAUCGCAAGAGAAAUGAACCUUUCUGAAACCGCUUUCAUCCGGAAACUACACCCGACAGACAACUUCACCCAAAGUUCCUGCUUUGGGCUAAGAUGGUUCACGCCGGCUACUGAGGUCCCUCUCUGUGGUCAUGCUACAUUGGCUUCCUCAGCUGUGCUGUUUCACAAAAUAAAAAAUGUGAACAAAAGUAUAACUUUCCUAACUCUGAGCGGAGAGCUGAAGGCCAGACAGGCAGACGAGGGGAUCGUCAUGGACCUGCCUCUCUAUCCCACUUAUCCCAAGGCCCAUGAGGAAGUCCAGGAUCUAAUCCAGGUGCUUGGCACCGUGCGUGUUCAGGACAUCCAUUAUUCUCCAGACACCAGGAAGCUCCUCGUUCGGCUGGACGAUUCUUACGGAAGGUCUUUCCUCGAGAAUCUUGAAGUGAACCCAAAGAAUCUGACAGAGGCGGAGAAAACGGGGAGAGUGAGGGGGCUCAUCCUCACCCUUAAAGGAGAGGGAGGCGCAAAGGCCCAAGGCUACGACUUCUACUCCAGAUAUUUUGCCCCCUGGGUCGGGGUGGCAGAGGACCCCGUUACAGGAUCUGCCCAUGCCGUUCUCAGUAGCUACUGGUCUCAGCAGCUGGGGAAGAAGGAAAUGCGGGCCUUUCAGUGUUCCUGCCGUGGGGGAGAAAUGAAGAUUUCAUUGCGGGAUGGUGGAAGAGUUGACAUUACGGGUCAGACAGCUUUGGUUUUGGAGGGGAAUCUGACCAUCUGAACGUCCCCCCGACGAGCCUUACAUUGCUUCCCCGAUGAUUACUUUUGGGGAAUGGCUAAAUUCAGAUUAAACAUAGAAUUAAAGGGAACACGGCUGAUGGUUCUCUUAUCCAUGAUCGUAUUUGAAAAUGAUGGAAUUGGAGACAUUUUCGAGUAAAUUUAAGAAUGACCUUGAAAGUGGGGGAGUGCCAGAAAGGGUUGCCGCCUCCAGUGGGAUAACUUGAAAGACGGGGGUGUCUGAAUGCCGCCUAAAGGCGAAAAUUAGAUCGUAAACUCCUGGAGGGCAGGAAGUCUCUUUUGCCUCUUCUUAUCCCUAAUACUGUAGCUGGCGCCUAACACUGAAUAAAAUUCUUAUUGAUUGA